CGCAUUCACAUCCGUUCCCUACCUGACCUCAGUUCCGCUCUCUCUCUCAAGACUAUCGACGACCAGUUGUCGAAAGGACGAGCAAAAAGAUCUUCAACAUCUUUCUAUCUCUCUCGGAACCAGACCUCCCAUCCUUGGGUCCUGCUGACGGUGCUGCCUACCGCCGCCCACCUCCACCACUAGACAGCUUCCGCUGCUGUUCGCUGGGCCAAGCUGACCCUCUCCUCUCCCGAGAGAAGCCUCCUCCGAGAAACGAUACACGAUACACACUACCGCGCCCAGUAUAUUCAAGAUGGGAAACGCUCCUAGUUCUGUCAUGAACAGCUUGGUCGAGGGCUCCAACUUCAAUCGCGAUGAGGUCGAUCGUCUGCGCAAACGGUUCAUGAAGCUCGACAAGGACAACUCCGGUACCAUCGAGCGCGAGGAAUUCCUCAGCCUGCCUCAGAUCAGCUCCAACCCUCUGGCCACCCGCAUGAUCGCCAUCUUCGACGAGGAUGGCGGUGGCAACGUUGACUUCCAGGAGUUCGUGUCGGGUCUUUCCGCCUUUAGCUCCAAGGGCAACAAGGACCAAAAGCUCGAGUUCCUCUUCAAGGUCUAUGACAUCGACCGCGACGGCUUCAUCUCCAAUGGCGAGCUAUUUAUCGUCCUCAAGAUGAUGGUCGGCUCCAACCUCAAGGACCAGCAGCUGCAGCAGAUUGUCGACAAGACUAUCAUGGAGGCUGACCUCGACAAGGACGGCAAGAUCUCCUUCGAUGAGUUCAAGAAGAUGGUCGAGGAUACCGAUAUCAGCAUGAGCAUGACACUGGACCAAUUCUAGGUGUCGUGCCCGUUGCGACGAUGAUGCUUAUAUAUUCACAACGAGUUUUUAGCUUGUUACGACUCCCUGGCAUGGCACGUUGUCCAGAGGGACUGCGCGUGCUAGGGUUGGGACCGGCUCCCUCAGUCUUUCCCAAACGAACAGUCUUGUAUGGUCUCGAGAGCCCAGUGCAGACAACGCCAUGUAGGCAACCCAAUCAAGCCAGGGACGCAGGCUCCAGGGCCAGUCCGACCACCUCAGAAGGUCUUGAGAGACCGUGUUGACGACUAGAUGCUGUCCUCACAGUGGUCUUAUCGAGCUCCUUUUCUGGCAUGGACUCUUUGGGGACGAAGCAUCUCUCGGGAAACGUUGCAUAUGACGAUGUCAUUUUCAUGGUUUUCUUUUUCUUGGCAAGGCGUUUUGGGAGGAUCAUAGGGUGUAGGAAGCAUUCAAAAGACAUUUCAAC